UGGGGAGGCGUUCGACGAGCGUGGGUCUGGGCGCUGGAGCUUGACGCAGGAGCAGUGGGUGUCGAUUCGGGUCAAGGCCAAGAUCGACGAUUUCUGCCGCGUCGUUGUGUCGGAGCGUUCGGAGACGUGGGAGGAUUGGCUGGUCAUCAUGGAGCGACUUCGCGGCGUCCUGCGCAAUACGUCGCUCGCAUUGGAGGAGGAGGAGGAGGCCGGCAGGGACCGAGACUCGCUUGCGCUGCAGCUUCAAGGCCUCGACCUCACUGUCGCCGCCGAUCGAGCUCGCCUACCGCGCCUGCUCACCCUCGUCCGACGCUCAUUCGACGCUCGAGCGCACCACGUCGCAGCGGCUGCGCUCACGGAGGGAGGCUCUCACUGGCUCUUCGAGCCUCAAGUUGAGCCUUUGCACGCGCUGCCAUACCUCGAGCAGCCCGACGGGACCCGCGCAUGUUCAGCUGCGGAGCAGGUCAAGGCCGUGCAGGAUUACUUCACGGAUCUCUACUCCCCUGCUGGCUCCGACGUGUCUGCCGCGGAGAUGGACCGCCUGGCGUCCGGCGUCUCGUUUCGUUGCCUUUCGGAGGAGCAGCGCGCACGCCUGACCGAGCCGUUCUCUCUGGAGGAGAUCGAGCGCGCCGCCACCAGCUCGACGUCAUGCGUUCCCGGCGUCGACGGCUUGCCGGACGCAGUCUUCGCUGCCUUGCCGGAAGAGUCUUUGGCCCCUAUGCGUGACACGCUCAAUGCUCAACUGAGCCAGAACAUGCCGCAUGGUCACCCUGCGCUGAGGUGAAAUCUGUCGGCGGCGACCCGCAAAGAGAGGCACAAGCUUGAGAAUCGGCGAGCCUGUCUGGGCCCAAGGGCGAGCAGCGUCUUUGCGGCCGGGUCAUUGCAGUACGUCUGCAACAGAGCCUCGCAACUCUCGCUCCUUCACCGCUCAGCCUUGGACAUGGCAUCGAGCGCCACAACCUUUCCUCUCUUCUUGUCCUCCUCUACCUCAUCCAGGAACACAUCGCCUCCUCCCCCAAAACCCUCCCGCCAUCCUCGUCUCCCUUUCUUUCAGCCGUGGUUGCGACAGUCUCCGCCGUGAAUGGG